AUGAGCGCCAUCGGGGCACUUAUGUAUCUUGCAAAUUGCACUAGAUCAGAUAUAGCUUUUGCUACUAAUCUGCUUGCAAGAUACAGCUCAUCGCCUACCAGAAGACAUUGGAACGGAAUAAAACAUAUAUUCCGUUAUCUUCAAGGUACGAUUGAGUUUGGAUUAUAUUAUUCUAGAAACCCCGAGGUUGGUUUAGUUGGUUUUGCAGAUGCUGGCUACUUGUCUGAUCCGCAUAAGCUCGAUCGCAAACCGGUUAUGUUUUCACAUACGGUGGAACCGCGAUCUCUGGCGUUCCCAAAAACAAACUUUGGUUGCAACGUCUUCAAAUUAUGCGGAAAUCAUUGCUUCAUGAAGCAUGUAGAGAGUGUAUGGUUGAGAUCUUUGAUCCAACAUAUACAAGAAGCCAGCGGAGUAUCUACAAAGAAAGAGCCAACAACAAUCUACGAAGACAAUUCUGCAUGUGUCACUCAACUCAAAGAAGGCUAUAUCAAGAGCGACAGGACAAAACACAUCCCUCCAAGAUUUUUCUCUACACUCAAGAACUCGAGAAGAAUCAAGAAGUGGAUAUUCAGUAUGUUCGCUCAAGUGACAAUGCAGCUGAUCUUUUCACAAAGGCGCUUCCUACUACAGUGUUCAAGAAGCAUGUUCAAAGUAUUGGAAUGCGUCGUCUUCAAGAUUUGUGAAGAGAAGAUCAUAUCUAUUUUUCAGGGGAGUUUGCGUUGCGUGAAAGCACCUCCGUCCUUAACCCAACAGUUUUUUGCCGCAACAUGGAAGUCAGAUCUCAGUGUGCUCUUAAGCAGAGGAAGGAAAACAUAUGGAGGGAUGGAAAAUUUUCCAUCACAUGAACUCUAUUACAACAAUAGAACGCAGCAAUGA